UUUCUCUCACCCCAGAUAAAUGCCUGUCCUCAACUGCCGAUUCUCUCUGCUGCUGUCAGCAGACUGGAGAUUUCUCCACUGCCACCUGUCGUGCUUGAGGGUCUCACGUACCCCAGGUUGACCUCAAACUUGCUGUGCACUGGAGGAUGACCUUGAACUACCUGUGUUCCGGCCUCCAACUCUGAGUGCUAGGAUAACAGGUCUAGCUCGUUAUGCUGCCCAAGCUUGUCUGGCUGUCUGGAACUCCUACCUCAAGUGAUUCGCUUUCUCGGCUCCCUCACCAUGCCUGACAGACAGAUGCAUUGGCUUGUGUCUCAUCCGUGAGAGAAAGACUGAGCAGGAUCCUGGAGACAGUGGGAGAUUUAUCAGACAUAGGAAAUGCCGGCAGCUCCUUUUUUGCCCAUGAUGCCCAUUGUCCUUCCAACCCAGUAUGGGUGAGGGCCUGCAGCUGUCUUCUAGGAAAACAAGUGCCUACACUACACAUCUGCCUUGUGUCUCUUGAGUGUUUGCAGCAAGCUGCAGGUGCAGUGGCUUAUCCGGGAUUGUCCUUGGGGUCCACAGAGUUCAAGAGAACAUUCUCAGGAAAAGCAAACAAGUGGGCAAGGUCCAGGGGGUUUUGUUGCCUUUUCCAGCCUCCGUUGGCUCCAGGCAUGAUUAUGUUGCAUACACAUACAUGCAGAGCCAACAGAGAAACAUUGGCUACUUUAACCACCUUAAAGCGGACUCCAGGAAUAUCACCUACAGCAUGACCUUUUCGACGAAAUCCAGCAACCAGAACUUCAUCAUUUUCCUCAAUGAAGUUCAGGCAGCCAUCAUUGGGCACGAACGCUGUGAUCUUCUUCCCGUUCUUAAUGAGCUGCACCCUGACGCACUUCCUGAUGGCAGAAUUUGGCUGUUUGGCCUCAACCCCUACUUUUUCCAGCACAAUUCCCUUUGCAUGAGAGGCACCCCCAAACGGAUUGGCCUUCAGGGCUGUGCCCAAGUGGGCUUUCUUGUACUGUUUGUCAUGCCACUUCUGAUCCCGUCGGUGACUGCGGAGCUUCCGGGCAGUUCGGAGACCACGACACUUGCCCAUCUUGCCGGCGCCACGGGCCCCUAAUAACUAUAUUUUAAAGAUGACCUGGCCUUGAUCUGUUCCUCAGCAUCUCCCCCCAGCCCCCACCUCCUUGUCUGGGAGGGAGACACAGGUAGCUGAGAGCUGAAUCUGAUCCUGAGCCAGCUGCAGCCACUGAGUAAUGCUGCAUGGUGCAAGGGGCUGGGUCAACAGAAGAGAAAUGUGUGAAUCUGAGCAUGAAGGUCCCCUCCAGGGGCUUCCCUUCUGCAAACUUACAGAGUAACUUCUGCACGGUCCUCUGCCUAAGAGACACUGGGAGGCACUGAUAAAAUACUCUCACCAGCCACAGCAGCUGCCAUAGUGAACACUGACCAAGCUGUGUCUUGUGCCACAUCAGACAAUCAAGUCACCUCUCAACAACCUAGUCCCAAAAGUACUGGGGGUUUCAGGCUAGCAAGAUGGCUCAGCAGAGAAAGGUGCUUGCCAGCAAGUCUAACAAUCUGAGAUUGACCCCCAGGGCCCAUGCUGUUCUCUGACCUCCACAUAGGUGCCCCCCACACACACACC